AUGUUGAAGAUAUGGUCUAUGAAACAAAAACAGCAGCAGGAGGCAAAUGCCGAUGCUGCUGCGGGUAUUAAGAAGAAGAAGGUUACGGCCGCACAACUUAGAUUGCAGAAAGAUAUUGCUGAAAUGUCGCUGCCCUCUACUAUGCGCACCGAUUUUCCCGACGAAGACGAUAUUCUCAACUUCUUUCUAUACAUCGAACCAGAUGAAGGCAUGUACAAGGGUGGAAUCUUCAAAUUCAAAUUCGCUGUUCCGGAAACGUUCCCACACGAACCGCCCAAGGUCAACUGUGAACAGAAGAUCUAUCACCCAAACAUCGAUGUCGAGGGAAAAAUUUGUUUGAAUAUUCUUAGGGAGGACUGGAAACCAGUGCUGAACUUACAAGCGAUUGUUAUAGGAUUGCAGUUCCUUUUUCUCGAACCAAACGCUUCGGAUCCACUUAAUAAGGAAGCUGCAGAGGAUUUGAGAUCAAACCGAGAGGGAUUCAAGCGGAACGUAAGAUCUGCUAUGGGAGGUGGAUCUGUAAAGAAUGAUACAUUCGAUAGAGUAUUGAAGGUUUGA